CUUGUUCCCUGAGCGUUCGCUAGGUGAGGCGCUCCCUAAGACCAACGCGAUUCACUCAUGAACCUGUCCCACCCGCAUUUUCUGGAAAUAGGCAAGAAGAACUGCUGUGUGUUCCGGGAUGAUUUCAUUGCCAAGGUGCUGCCGCCGGUGGUGGGGCUGGAGUUUGUGUUCGGGCUCCUGGGCAAUGGCCUUGCCCUGUGGAUUUUCUGCUUCCACCUCAAGUCCUGGAAAGCCAGCCGGGUGUUUCUGUUCAACUUGGCUGUGGCUGACUUCCUCCUGAUCAUCUGCCUGCCUUUCCUGACGGACAACUAUGUGAGGAAGUGGGACUGGAGGUUUGGGGAAGUCCCCUGCCGGCUGAUGCUCUUCAUGUUGGCCAUGAACCGCCAGGGCAGCAUCAUCUUCCUCACGGUGGUGGCCGUGGACAGGUACUUCCGAGUGGUCCAUCCCCAUCACGCUCUGAACAAGAUCUCCAAUCGGACGGCGGCGCUCAUCUCCUGCCUCUUGUGGGGCAUCACUAUCGGCCUGACGAUGCACCUCCUGUACAAAAAGAUGCUGAUCAGGAGUCACAAUUCGAAUCUGUGCAGCAGCUUCAACAUCUGCGAUACUUUCCGCUGGCACGACGCCAUGUUCCUCCUGGAGUUCUUCCUGCCCCUGGGCAUCAUCCUGUUCUGCUCGGCCAGAAUCAUCUGGAGCCUGCGGCAGCGACAGAUGAACAAGCAUGUCAAGAUCAAGAGGGCCAUCAACUUCAUCACGGUGGUGGCCGUCGUCUUCACCAUCUGCUUCCUGCCCAGUGUGGCCGCGCGCAUACGCAUUUUCUGGCUCCUGCGCACCGCUGGUACGCGGAACUGUGACACCUAUCGCUCAGUUGACCUGGCGUUUUACAUCACCCUCAGCUUCACCUACAUGAACAGCAUGCUGGACCCUUUGGUGUAUUACUUCUCCAGCCCAUCUUUCCCCAACUUCUUCUCCACCUUGGUCAACCGCUGCCUAUGGAGGAAGGUGCCGGAUGAGACCGAGAAUAACCGCAGCACAAGUGUCGAGCUCACGGGGCAUCUGAGUACUACCAAGAAUGUUCCCGACACUUUAAUGGCCAAUCCCAGUGAGCCUCAGAGCCCCUCUUAUCUGACGCUGGCCUCUCCUUAAAAUAACCAAGCCAAGAAGGGAGAGGAUCAUCAAGGACCAAGAUCUCUGGAGAAGCAGCUGGGCUGGUACACAGAGUAACAUCACGAGCCUUGGCCUGUGGUUUCCCAGAACUUCCAGAUCCAGAGAAUCAGAUUUAGAGAAUCGGUCUGGCAGCAUAGGCUGCUUGGUUGCAGCGUGUCUCCACCGGGAUCUCGGGGGAAUGGAGGAAGAAGCUUCUAGGCGUCUGAAACUUCUGUUCAAUCUCGGACACUCGCAGAACUGAAGAUGGCAAAACUGUCCACAUUUCUGCUGCUGGAGAGUUGGAGCCACAGAGACGCCCACUGGCACCUGUGACUCACCAGCCUCUUUCCUUCACCUGCCUGAGACUUUGAUGGUUCUCGGCUCCUGGGGCAACGCCUAGCCUGUUUGUGGGCUCCCACUGGGAUAAGGAAAGCUAAGUGAUUGGAGGGGAAUUAUUGCUCCUGGAGGGAGCCCAGGCAUCAUGAAACAAGCCAGGAGGUCACCUGGGUUCUGUGGGACCAAUCCAUCUUUCAGCUACGCUUUAGCAGAAAUGGACCAGACAGAAACUCAUAAGCUCUGGUUAAUAUCUGAGUUUCCAGUGCUGGUAAAGAGGGGAUUUGCCCCAGCAGGGACUGAGCAAAACAGUGUUACUAAGGGAAAGGAAAUGGCAUUUAUGUUACAACCUGCAAGGAAUCCAUUCCUCUCUUGUUUACACAAAUUUGAAGGUUGAACUGUUAAAAAGACUUCAGGGAGAGAGCUGCUUGCCACCUCUGUUUGCUUUUAUCACUAAAAGGGAAAUGCUGCCCAAUGGUUAGAGGGGGGAAGCUUCCUCCUGGUUCAUUUGCUUGUGUUUCUAUAAGAAAUCUACCACUUCAAUAAAUUUUGCUAUGAGACACACAAUCUGGUGUUGCAUGUGUCUGGGUGAUGGUUCACAGACAUGGACUUCUUACUUAUGUGGAGAAUUUUAUGUGUUGUUAACCCAUAAAAGUUUCAACCAGGUUGCCCUGGUAGAAAAAUACCACAUACUGUAAAGUAAGAAAAGGACGUGACUCUAACCUGCAACAUGAGAUAGUUAAGUAAAACUUACAUAUGCAUUCGAACAAAGAUGGGAGAGAGCUGGGAGAAGUAAAAGCAAUUUAAUUCAGAAGGGUAGUACAGACAGGACUGCAAGGGCACUUUGCUUUAUUUAGGGCUUGGUGAAUGUUGCUAUGAGUAUUUGUGUAUUAAAAAAGGCAUCCAGCCAGACUAGGGGAGGAGAGAACUUCCUGUGGAAUGGUUUCAGUUCCCAGUUCUGGGAUGGAAAGGAGACGUACUGGUUUGAGUCUGUGAUCGGUCCAGGUUUCUGUUACGCUUUCACUUCCACUCAGUUCUUUAGCAAGAUGAGGCUUGCUUUGGCAUUGUGGCUCGGACGCCAAUAAGAAAUGCAGAUACUCAGCCUCCCAGCCAUGGCUGAAUGGCAGUAAAGGAAGAACGAUGAACCUUCUUGAGCCCCUGAAGUGUUUUUUGAUCAGUGUGCUUGUCUGUUUUUUCAAUUAACUCCUAGAGACAGAAAGUUAAAAGCAGAGAUCACCUUCUUAAAGAGGAACAGAUGAGCAGAGCUGAGCUCAGAGGAAAGCAGGGAUUCCCCCAGCCCCAGAUGCAUGAGUCAGCAGGGAACCCAGUUGUGAAACUCCAACCUGUUCAGAACUAACAACCCACAUCCGUCCUUUCGUUCAUUCAUCCCAUCAGCUUUUAUGUAUUAAGCACCAGCUGUGUGCUGUUGUGUUCUGAGUGGUUGAUGGAAAUAGAGCAAGGAACAAGGUCCCCAGGACCCUCUUCUCAUAGAACUCACAUUCAAGGUGGGGAGGCAGACAGAAAAGAAGUAGACAAAUAAAUGGAAAGGGAGCUUGGGAUGUCUAUGAGGACUCUGAAGCCAACAAAGCAGGGUGACAGGCUAAAAAGGGGGUGGGACUGGGAUGACUGGGAAGUGACCUGGAGCUGAGCAAUGAAUAACAAGACAGAGCAAACAGUGCAAAAAUCUGGAGGAAGGGCAUUCUAGGCAGAGGGGAUGGUAAGUGCAAAGGCCCUGAGGUGUGUGAGUGUAUUAGUCUCCUAGGGCUGCAUAGCAAAGUACCACAAAUUUGGUGGCUUAAAAAAACAAAAAUUUAGGGUUUUCCUGGCAGCGCAGUGGUUAAGAAUCUGCCUGCCAAUUCAGGGGACACGGGUUCGAGCCCUGGUCCGGGAAGAUCCCACACGCCGCGGAGCAGCUAAGCCUGUGCGCCACAACUACUGAGCCUGCUCUCUAGAGCCCACGAGCCACAACUACUGAGCCUGUGUGCCACAACUACUAAAGCCCGCGCGCCUAGAGCCUGUGCUCUGCAACAAGAGAAGCCACUGCAAUGAGAAGCCCUUGCACUGCAACGAAGAGUAGCCCCCGCUCAUCGCCACUAGAGAAAGCCCACGCACAGCAACGAAGACCCAACGCAUCCAAAAAUAAAUACAUAAAUAAAUAAUUUAAAAAGAAAAGAAUGAAAUAAUGCCAUUUGCAACAACAUGGAUGGACCUAGAGAUUAUCAUAUUAAAUGAAGUAUGUCAGACAAAGACAAAUACUGUAUGAUAUCAUUUAUAUGUGGAAUCUAAAAUAUGACACAAAUGAACUUAUUUAUGAAACAGGAACAGACACAGACAUCGAAAACAAACAUAUAGUUACCAAAGGGGAGAGGGGGUGGGGGAGGGAUAAAUUAGGAGUUUGGGUUUAGCAGAUACAAACUAUAUAUAAAAUAGAUAAACAAGGUCCUACUGUAUAGCACAGGGAAGUGUAUUCAAUAUCCUAUAAUAAAUCAUAAUGGAAAAGAAUAUGUAUAACUGAAUCACUUUGCUGUGUAUCUGAAAUGGACACAACAUUGUAAUCAACUACUUCAAUUAAAAGAAAAAGAGAGAGAGAGCAGUCUCCUAAAUACUUCUGUUUCCCUGUCCAGGGGAAUGCCAACAUUAAUUUUAAUAAACUUAUUUAUUUUA